AUCAUGGAAUCAGACUAGUUUUUUUUAAUUGUAAAAUAAAAAAAAGCAGCCAAAACAUGGCUGACGGUGACAAAACUCCAUUACCAAUCCAGAUUGGUCCACCAACGAAGGUUGAUCCCAGUUCGCCAUUUUACUUAGGCUCCCAAGAUCUUCCUAGCAAUUUCAUUACUCCCAUUCGUCUGAAGCUUGACAAUUUCGAUGAUUGGUCUCAUGCUAUUCGUGUCGCUCUUUCUUCUCGGUGCAAGUUCGACUUUCUUAACGGGACCAUCACUGAUGUUGUUCCUCCCUAUACAAAAGAUGACUGGGUCACAAUUCAAUGUAUGCUUGUCUCAUGGCUCACGAAUACGAUUGAUCCGAAAGUACGAUCUAUGUUAUCAAAUUAUGAUGAUGCAAAACGUUUAUGGGAUGACUUGCAUGAACGAUUCUCCAUUGUCAAUGGUCCUCGUAUUCACUAACUUAAGGGAGAUAUUAAUUGUUGUGAGCAAAAUCAAACUAUGCAUGUUGCUAUUUAUUUUUGUAAAUUAAAUGUCUUAUGGGAUGAACUAGAUAGACAUGAGCCUUUGAUCUCUUGUAAGUGUGGUAAAUGUACUUGUCAUGUUGGUAAACAACAUGAAAAACGGCGUUCCGAUGAUCGGCUACACCAAUUUUUUCUUGGUUUUUGCUCAGAUAAUUAUGCAGAAUUGCGCUCCACUCUUCUCUCGCAAGAUCCUCUUCCAUCGUUAAAUCAGGCAUUUCAACAAAUUUCUCAAGAUGAGCGGGUUUGUGGGAUCACUCGAAUUCAUGAAGAAAAACUUGAUGUUGUUGGUUUUGUUGUACGUACCGACAAUCCAUCCAAGCCUCGUGUGGACAAGGCAACCUUGACCUGUUCUCAUUGCCAUAAAACAGGUCAUGACAAAGCUACAUGUUUUGAUAUUCAUGGUACUCUUGAUUGGUACUUGGAGAAAUUUGGUUCCACUACUGAAGGUAAAAGUAAUUUCAAGGGAAAAUCACAUGCACCGUCCCACAAGUCUUUGGUUGGUUAUGGUAAUAACGGAGUGUGCACGAAUGCCGCUGCCCCCACUGCUACUCCAAGUGCGCCUUUUGCUGCUCUUCCGGGCUUUACUGCCAAACAAUGGGCGGCUUUAACAGCGGCAUUUGGUUCUUCCUCUUCCUCCUCAAACCGAUUGAAUGCUUCUCUAUGUCCUGUGGAUCUUCCAGAUGGUCAAACGGCUGUUGCUACUAAAGAGGGUGUUGUGAGACUGACUGACUCCAUUAUCCUUCAUAAUGUUCUUUUUGUUCCUAAAUUACAAUGCAAUUUAAUCUCGGUUUUCCAAUUGAAUGAUGAUCUCCAUUGUUUAGUUCAAUUUAAUUCUAACUUAUGUGCUAUAUAGGACCAACGUUCGAGGGAGGUGAUUGGGACGGGUGAGAGAUGGGAUGGACUUUACUACCUACAACAGAGUUUCAGAGUACAAGCAGUUUUUGUUCCUAGUUCAAAGUCUUUAGAGCUAUGGCAUCAUCGCUUGGGUCAUCCUUCUGAGAACGUAGUGAAGUUACUUCCUUUUUUGAAUAAUUCUAGGGGUUGUUUGAAUAAAGGAUGUGAUGUUUGUCAUUGUGCUAAACAUUCUCGACAUAAUUUUCCUUUAAGUGAAAAUAAGUCAACUCGGAUUUUUGAGUUAAUUCAUUAUAUUUUAUGGGGUUCAUAUAAUGAACUUUCUUCUUGUGGUGCUCAUAUUUUUUAACUUUGAUGGAUGAUUAUUCUCGUGUUGUGUGGGUCUAUUUAUUGAUUGAUAAGAAAGAAGUUUUUCAGAUGUUCAUGUCCUUUAUUGCAAUGAUUGAUUGUCAAUUUUCUCAAAAAGUGAAACUUGUUCGUAGUGACAAUGGAACAGAGUUUAAUUGCAUGAAAAAUUAUAUUGUGGCCAAUGGUAUUUUAUUUCAAACUCUUAUAGUCUUCAGGAGAAUAUUUUUACAAGCCUUGCGUCGGGAGAAUGCAAGCACUCGCUGGCCAUUGAAGGGAGUUCAAGUGGUUGAGCGUUUCAAUCAAGAUCAAAUUAGUGAAGAGAAGAACAACAAAAUUGCAACAAAUCUCAAGAGGGAGUCUUGUUUUGUUUAAGUCAAUAUUUUGUACUAGUGAUUCUUUAUUAAUUGAUUUUAUUCUCUGGGCGUGGCCCCAAAGAGUAGGUUAUCCGAAAGGGUUUCUGAACCUUG